AUGUCAGCCAAAGCAUUUGCGAUCAUUGCUGGAGUCGGCCCCGGCACGGGAAGAUCUGUUGCCAGAAAAUUUGCCAAGUCGUAUCCAGUCGUUUUGAUGGCCAGAAACCCAGCAAAUUUCGAAGAUGUCGCACGGGAAAUCAACAACGAAGGUGGGAAAGCUAUCGGGAUCAGCGCGGAUUUGUCCGACGCCAAUAGUGUCCAGGCAGCAUUCAAGCAUGUCAACGAGCAGUUCGGAAGUCUUCCUCUCGCAGCAGCGGUAUUUAAUCUGGGCGGGGGAUUUGUGAAGAAACCAUUCUUGGAGUUAACUGAGACGGAGUAUGAACAGGGAUUCAAUGCGCAGGGGAAAGGCGGGUUCAACUUUGCCAAAGCAACCUUACCAUUGUUAUUGAAGUCUACCGAGCUAGCAUCGCCUCCAACCCUCAUCUUUACUGGAGCGACUGCCAGUUUGAAAGGGGGUCCUGGCCUAGCAACAUUCGCCUCAGGCAAGUUUGCUCUACGCGCGCUGGCCCAAUCCUUAUCGAGGGAGUUCGGCCCUCAAGGUGUCCACGUGUCUCAUGUCAUCAUUGAUGGGAUAAUUGAUACCCCAAAGACCCAACAAUUUGUGUUAGACCACGCGGACGCAAAACUAAAUCCUGAAGCACUAUCAAUGGCGCAACCGUUCGUCGCAGUCGCUGGUGCGACAGGGAACUUGGGCCAACUCGUUAUCAAGGAGCUAACCCACCGUGGGGUUGCAGUCAAAGCCUUAGUCCGCGAAGGAACAGAUCGCUCACGCACGCAGGCGCUCUCCGAUACUGGCGUUGUCGUUUCACCUGUUGACUUCUCUAGUGUCACGGCUCUGACGCGCGAGCUCACUGGGGCAACCUGCAUUGUAUCUACACUACAGGGCCUACGGGAUGUAAUGCACACGGUUCAGGGCAACUUGCUUGACGCUGCUGUUGCUGCCAAGGUACCACGAUUCAUCCCUUCCGAUUUCUCGUUAGAUUUCACGAAGACCAAACCAGGUACCAAUCGCAACCUGGACCUGCGACGCGAGUUCCAUUCCCGGCUCGAUAGGUCCGGUAUUUCGUGGACUAGCAUCCUCAAUGGAGGAUUUAUGGACCUUCUUGGUGGUGACACGCCAAUGAUCAACCACAAGAAGGGCAAGGUUGUUUAUGUUGGGAAGGCAACACAGCUCCUGGACUUGACUACUAUUCCAAACACUGCAGCUUACACCGCUGCCGUUGCUGCAGAUCCAAAGCCUACUCCACGGUUCCUACGUAUAGCGGGUGACGUUGUCAGUGUCGUGGAUAUCGCGGCCGUGGAGACAGAACUGGAGGGCAAGCAGUAUAAGCCUUCGUGGAUGGGUCCAGUGUGGCUUUUGGAGGUGAUAAUUCGCAUUCUUCGCACCUUCGGCGGGGAAAAUGAAGUCUUUCCCAUAUGGCAGGGCAUGCAGUACAUGGCGAACAUGUUCUCUGGGGUAGCUCAACUGAAGCCACUAGAUAAUGAUCGAUACCCUGACAUCACUUGGACAAAGGUCAAGGAUUACCUUCGUGAAGAAAAAAUACGGAGGGAGAAGAAACAGUCUACAAAUUCUUAA